AUGGUACACUCUCCCAUCGUCGCUCACUUUCUGCAACGACACGCUCCGUCAUUGCGAACCAUCAAACUACGCAUCGACGACGUCGAUGAGCCUAUCGAAAGUCUCCUGCGUGCGGACGACGUCCCGGGGCCGUCGAAUUGGCCAUUGAAACGCGCACCUCGCCCAGGCUUGCAACUCUCCCUACCCCUGCUCGAGGAUCUGUCCGCGCCCGUUCCGUUCUGGGAGAUUCUUGAUCCUAAGGCCUGCCCGAGGUUGAUGCAUGCGACGUUGCUGCAGAGUCCGACGCUAUCCUGGAUGCCUGUCUAUCCCUUGCGCUACUGUCGUCGCGUUCAUGCCUUGAGUUUUCAGAUACCGGCCACAGUCAAGGCGACGGAGGCAUGCUUACGCUUCUUGGGGAAGCGGCUGGCGAUAUACGAUAUGAGGAUCGAGUACUUUGCAUGUCGGAAUGAUGACUCUGAAUCGGAACUGCUGGAGUGCAUCGCGAGAUCACUCAAAGACAUCGGCUUUAGGAUGCUACGAGCUCUCUUCGUCAGGACGUCGAACACCUCCGGAAGUGAACACCUGUUGGCCGUCGAAGAGGUCGAGGAAGUACCUAAGAUCAUUGGGGAUGUCUGCCCUAGCCUACGUCAAUGUGUCUGGGAUGCCGAACUGAAUAUUGCUAUUCCUUUUAGCAGCGCGUCCGUCCCACCGUCGUUCAUCAAUAUGAUCAACGCUCCGAAUGUCGGUGUCUCUACGUACUUAACCCUUGGGCAGGUCUUGGGUUUCGAGAAUGGGGAUUCGAACAUACAGGGGCUCUUGAACAGCGUGGAAGCAAUAGCGAAAGAGAUCGUGUCUAAUGGCGGGUUUGUGGAUGAGGAUGCGUUGGAGACUAUCCUGACGAUGCAAGCCGAGAGUAUGCUCGACGAUGCGCCUGUCGUAGAGAUGUCGUGGGGAUCGCUCGGAGGAAUUAUAGGGAGUGUCGUCUGGAACCUUCCACAGAGCCGUGGCACUACUCACAUCCAGUCCUCCAAUCCUGCCGUACUUCCUUGUCUGAAUCCUGCUUACCUCUGUGGUCCUGCCUGCGACCUCUACCUCAUCUCCAACGCUACAAAGUCUGCCCGUGUAGUAUCACAAACACCUCCCCUCUCUGAUAUCGUAACCACUGAAUUAGUACCCGGUCUUUCCUCUGUGCCACUCAACACAUCAGACGUGAAGUAUGGCAGGAAUGGGUACUUGUAA